UCUUUUACGAAUUUAGUUGUAUAUAUCUUUUUGGUGUAGAUAUAAAAAAUGGAGUAUCAAGAGUUUGUUUCAAGACUAGAAGAACUCCUUAACCAAUUAGUUUCUGGUGAUACUGAUACAGCAAGAAUAAGAACGGCUACUUCUACUUUGAAUAACGAUUUUUAUAGUUCUUCUACUUGUGUAGCUGCACUUGUACAAAUUCUAUCAUCCUCUACGCAUUGGCAGGUGCGACAACUUGCAGCUGUUGAAUUAAGAAAAAGAUCAAUAAAAUGGUGGUCAAAGAUUGAUAUAAACACACAAACAGCUAUAAAAAAUCAAUUACUCGAGGUUAUUUUGCGGGAAUCUCAUGAACUUGUAAGACAUGCUACUGCACGUGUAAUUUCAUCUAUUGCUAAAAUUGAAAUACCAGCUGGCACGUGGAAUCAUUUGCUUCAAUUCUUAUAUCAAUGUUGCCAAAGUCCUAACGCUGGACACCGGGAGGUUGGAAUAUUUGUACUAUAUACUUUGUUUGAAGUGAUCAUAGAAGCAUUUCAGGAUAAUCUAAGACAACUCUUUGAGUUGUUUGGCGCAGCUCUUAAUGACCCUGAAAGCAAGGUUGUGCGCGUAACUACGUUGCAGGCUCUAGGGAAAGUUGCCGAAAUUAUUGAUCCUAGUAGUAAAGCGGACAUACAAUUAUUUCGCGAUUUAAUACCUUCAAUGGUCAAUGUAAUUCAACAAUGCUUAGAGCAAGGUGAUAAUGACUCAGCCAUUAAAGGAUUUGAACUAUUUGAUGGAUUGUUAUUGUUGGAGACGCCACUUUUAUCUAAUCAUUUGCAACAGCUUAUUGAAUUUGUUUUGAUAGUGUCACGUAAUAAUCAAUAUGAUGAUUCAGUUCGAGUUAUGGCCUUGCAAUUUCUUAUCUGGGUUACUAAUUAUAAGAAAACGAAAAUUCAAAAGUUAAAACUCGUUGCUCCUAUUAUUCAACAAUUGAUGCCAAUUGGGGCCGAGGAUGAUCCUGAUGAUCAAGAUGAUGAGUCGCCUUCCAGAAUGGCUUUCAGAGUUAUUAAUUCUUUAUCCACCAAAUUACCGCCUCAGCAAGUUUUUCCUGUUGUCAUGGAAAACGUUUUUACAUAUGUUCAAAGUCACGACCCGAAAUUCAGAAAAGCAGGAAUGAUGGCAUUUGCGGUUCUUAUUGAAGGAUGUUCUGAUCAUAUGCGUCCGAAGUUUAAUGACUUAUUACCUCUUGUAUGUAAUGGUUUACGUGACCCGGAGACAAUUGUUCGUAGAGGCGCAUGUAUUGCACUAGGCUGUUUAGCAGAGGAACUAGAUCAAGAAAUAGCAUCCAACCAUGCUACACUAUUACCUUUGUUAUUUGAUCUCAUGAACGAUCCAAACACCGAAAUUCCAAAGCAAGCAUGUAAUGCGCUUGAUGCUAUUUUAGAAGGAUUGGAUGAUGAAAUUUUGCAAUACUUGCCUACUUUAAUGGAAAGACUUUUACUUUUAUUGGAUAAUGGUCCUAAUGAAGUAAAGACCACAGUUACAGCAGCUAUUGGGAGCGCAGCUCAUGCUGCUGGUAGUGAAUUUAAGCAAUACUUUCCUAUGGUAAUUAGUAGAUUAUUGGUGCUGAUGACAUUAAAUAAAAACAAUGAUGACAUGUUAUUACGAGGAAUAGCUACCGACACUGUAGGUUCAGUUGCUGAAGCAGUUGGCAAGGAAUUAAUUCAGCCACAUGUCAAUGAGAUUAUGCGAUUGGCAAUUGAAGGAACGCACUUGGAUCAUGCACGUCUUCGCGAAUGUAGUUAUUGUUUGUUUGCAGUUAUGGCGCGUGUAUUCGGAGAAGAAUUUAAUAUAUAUUUAGACACAAUUGUGCCUCAAUUAUUAAAGAGUUGUCAAUUGGAAGAAUUUGACCCAUUUAUACUUGAUGCUGAAGAAAAUCUUUCGACAGAUAUAGAUAUUGAUGAUGAUGACGAUGAUGAUGCGGAAUAUGCUAUCAAUUCGGCUAUUGUUGAUGAAAAAGAGAUAGCAGCUGAUGUUAUUGGGGAGAUAUUUGAAAAUACAAGAUCCAAUUUUCUUCCUUAUGUUGAAGCAUCAAUAUCAGAGUUGGUGAAACUAGCCAGUCAUCAUUCGGGAGGCGUGAGAAAAUCAGUUGUAUCAUCUUUAUUCCGUUUUUUGACAACCUUUUAUAGUAUGUCAAAUCCAACUCAAUGGGAAGCUGGUUUACCCGUGAAAGUGCCUGUCCACGAAAACGUGCAAAAUAUGACAAAAACUGUAAUGCCGACAAUAUUAGCAAUAGUGAACGAUGAAGAAAGCAAAAUGGUAAUAGUGCAAUUAUAUCAAGAAUUUAUCGACACACUUAAGCAAUGUGGACCCGCGAUUAUUGCAGACUAUGUUGAUCCUAUUGCUCAAAACAUACUCUCUCUUUAUGAGAAAAGAGCCUUAUGCCAGCUUGAUAAUGACGAUGAAGAUGAAUUAAUAGACGAGGAUGAAGAAGCAGAAUACGAUGCACUUUUAAUUAGUGUUGCGUCAGAUUUUGUUGCCGCGUUGGCUUUAGUUCUUGGUCCUGAUUUUGCUUCUUACUUCAAAGUGUACCUUCCACAUAUAACUAAAUAUUAUAAAAGGUCUAAGCCAGUUUCUGAUAGGUCUAUGGCUAUUGGAUGCUUGGGUGAUUCCACUAUUGGUCUUAAAUCCGGUAUUUCAGAGUUUACUGAACAAUUAUUAUCAUUAUAUCUUAAAGCUUUGGGCGAUGAAGAGGAAGAAGUGAGGAGUAAUUCUGCUUUUGCUAUUGGCGUUCUUUGUCAAUAUACUACAAUCGAUAUCAGCAGUAAAUAUAAUGAAAUUCUUACACGAAUUUAUCCACUUUUUACUGGGAAAUACGUACUAAAUGUUACUGAUAACGCUUGCGGGGCAGUAUGUCGAAUGAUAAUAAAAUGUUCUCAAGUAAUUCCAAUUGAUCAGGUAUUAGAAGUAAUAAUUCGUACCUUACCAUUAAAAGAUUAUGAGGAAAAUGAACCUGUUUUUCAAUGUAUAUUUUACCUUUUCCGUGCAAAUAAUUCUUAUGUGUUAAGUCACAUUCCGGAAUUUUUAAACAUUUUUGCUCAAGUUCUUUCUCCACCUGAAGAUCAAUUGAAAGAUCAAACACGUCAAGAAUUAAUAGAUCUCAUAAAAGCACUCAAUCAACAAUUUCCUGAUGUGGUUGCCAGAUCACCAUUAGGACCAUUUUUGCAAUCUUAAUUAUAUAUAUCAAUUUUAAUACAAAAAAAAAAAAUUGUUAGUAAUAAUUGAUUCUACAUACAAAUAUUUUACAAUAUUUUACAUUUUAAUUCCUAUUUCCUGUCACUAUUCAUUUUUUUUCUCUAAUACCUUUAGUGGAUCAGUAAACAAUCAUAAAAUCCUGAAAAUGCUCUUUUUUGAAUAGUAUGUAAUAACUUUCUUUUUUGUUUUUAUCAAAACAAUAUACUGUACAAUGUACAUGCAUGCGAAGAAAUGAUAUUUAGGAAAAAAACACAUCUAUUUAAUAUUCUUAUUGAUAUUCCUAUUAUUUAUUUCAGUAUAUACCAAAUACAAACAAAAAAAUAAUU